AUGUCGUGGUACUCAAAAAUUUAUGUAUUUGUGCGAAAUUAUCGUAAAAAGCAUCCGUUUCGUGGAUUCUUUCUAAAUUUAUCUCUAAAUGCGCUCCUUUUCAUGCAACUUCUCAUUUUCAUCUAUUCAUAUUACGUAUACACAUGGAUCACUUGUUUUCAAUUCUUAACAAACACCACUCAAAUUACAAUCUAUCUAAUCAUCUUCAAUGUGAUUCUCUUCAUGGUCAUUUGGUCUCUCAUAAUGUCACUUGUCACACCAACUGCACGAGUACCUCUUCAGUACUUUACCGAUAAGGAGACGGACGAAAAGAUAAAGGCAGUGACACCAUUCAAGGAAGACCGAUAUCUCCCAGACACAUCUACCAGUGAGCAGGUACAAAAUCAAUCCGAUAUAUUAAAUAGUUUUGCCGAAAAUAAGGGACUACGUUUCGUUGAAGUUGACAAUUUCAAUCGUCUAAGAUACUGCUAUCAAUGCUCGCUUAUCAAACCUGAUCGAAGCCAUCACUGUUCAUCAUGUGGUUUCUGUGUUGUUAAAUAUGAUCAUCAUUGCCCAUGGAUUAACAAAUGCGUCUCAUUCAAUAAUUAUAAAUACUUCAUCCUUUAUCUUAUCUAUAGUUGCAUCUUAUUAGCUUGGGCUUUGUUAACAAGCAUUGAAUGUAUCGUUCGAUAUUUUGUACGACAACAAUGGACCGAACAAAUUGUUAAUUUUAUUUGUGUCUUUUUAUGUGUUAUUUUAUUUGCUAUUUUUGGUUAUUAUCCACUUGGAGAGCUUCUCGUUUAUCACAUACGACUUGCGACCUUAAAUGAGACCACCUGCGAGCAAGCAAAACCACCUAAUAUUCGCGGGGAUUCAAAUGCUGAUUAUAAUAUGGGAACAUAUCGCAACUUGCGUGCUGUAUUCGGUUGGGGCCUAUGGGCAUUUCCCGUUGAUUCUCAUGUAGGAGAUGGAAUACACUUUCCCAUAUGUUAUUCCGAACGAUCAGCAGCUUGUGCUGAAAUUCGCUACAGCGUAUAUCGAGAAGAUGAACGAAAUAAAAAUUAUGAACAUUUUUGA